AACAAUGCUCUUCUCCAGGGCGUUGUCCUCUGCAGCACAUCACUAUCGCAGGAUCUCAGAGUCAGUACCCACUAUACCAAGCCUACGCCACCUCUACUCACGCAUUCUACUCGACAGGACAAGCUCAAUGAUCUUGCAAGAAGCAUGGGUGCCGUUCACCGUCUCGACUUGACCGCCGACGUAACUCAUCUGAUAGUCGGCAACAUCGACACCCCCAAAUGCAGGCAUACCGCAAAAGAAAGACCCGACAUACACGUACUGAAGCCCGAAUGGAUACAUGCCAUCCGCAAAUCCUACAUGGAGGAUCAAGACAUUGACGUUGAUGCACUGGUCCAAGAGCAUCGCCUGCCCGUCUUUUACAACUUGCACAUCUCUGUGACAGGCUUCGAAGACAGUAUACAACACAUUAUCGAGAAGAUCAGAAGCAACGGCGCUCAUUAUCAUGGAGACCUCACCAGAGAAGUCACCCACCUGAUUGUCGCCAAACCGAAGGGUGCAAAAUACGAGCGUGCGCAAUCUUGGACCAUCAAGACGACUUCUCUGAAAUGGCUUGAAGAAAGUCUUGACAGGGGUAUGGCUGUCGACGAAUCACUCUAUCAUCCUUUAAUGCCUCUCGAGGAUCAGGGCCGAGGCGCCUUUGUACGUGGUUACCAGCGGCCUCCCGUCCUCGGAAAGAGACAGCGUGGAGAGACCGCUAUUAUACCAAAAGAAGAGAAUGGAAAGCGAAAGAUGCGACGCACUGCAAGUGCCAAGUUGGCAGAUCACAGCCAAAAUAUGAUGACCAGUUUCAUGUCGCAUGGAGGUGAAGAAUCAUCCGAACUUGCCAAUGAUCAGUGGACAGAGGCCCAACAUGUUGCAACACCAUCACGAAGCGUUACUCCUCCAAGCAGAGCAAACGAUGCAUCUCGUCAUACUUCACGCGAAGGGGGCCCUGCGCCUCCUGGAGAGGAAUUAGGUCUCUUCUCGGGUGUUUUGUGUCUUGUCCACGGUCAUGAUGAGAAGAAGAUAAAAAAUAUCAUAACUUCGAAUGGAGGUCAGAUUACCCAUUCUGCUGAUGUCUUGCAUGCAGCUCAGAAUGGCGACUUAUGCCAACACAAGGUCCUGAUACUACCAAGCGAAUGGACAUCAACUAAAAAGGGCUCGUUACCCGAGGUUCCUCCCGAAACAUGGCUUGUAACGGAAUGGUGGCUGGAAAGAUGUAUCAAGCAGAAGAUGAUUGUUGAUCCCGAUCAUGAUAUACUCAGUCAACCGCAUCUCAGCCUGCCGAUCGAUGACUUUGAAGGUUUGACGAUAGCGACCUCUGGAAUGGGCCAUGACGUGCUACACAUUUCAAGAGUGGUCAGACUUGCAGGCGCAUCAUACGACGAGAUGUUGGUACCAAGGACGUCUUUUCUGAUCGUCCCUGGUGCCGCAACAAACUCAGAAAAGAUCUCAUACGCUGCGAAGCAUAAAAUUCCUGUCGUUUCGGACACAUGGCUCUAUUCCAGUCUGCACCAUGUACGAAAGAUGCCACUGUCCGACUACUUGGUGGCCGGACAGUCCAAACAAAUUCUUGAUCGCUCUUCUGCUCGGGACGGAAGUGUUGCUCCUCCACAAGACAAGAGG